CACCUCCGGGCAGGCGACACCCCCUCCUCCGGGCAGGGAACCUCGCCCGCAAGGUACGACCCUUCCAGGUAGGGGACGGGGGCCACCCUCAGGUAGGGACUACCCCAGGUGUGGGAUUGGGACCCCCCCAGGAGGGGACAGGGGACACCCCAAUAUGGGACACGGGACCCCACACGUGAUGGGAUAAGAACCACAGUCAUCCUGGGAUGAGACAAGGGGACCAAGAGCCAUCCCCAAGGAAGGGAUUGGGGGCUCUCCCAGGGAGGGGAUGGGGGCUCCCAGCAGGGGGACACGGUGGAACCACUGCCCCAUAGGGUACAUCGCACUGCCAGGUAGGGAACAGGGAGCUGUGGGGCUGCACGGUGUGACACAGGGGAUGCCGGGGGCGCUGCAAGGCCACCCCCCAGGUAAGGGACAAAUAGGGACAAGAGAACAGUGAGACCACUUGGGGUGAGGGGAGAAAGAACACCAAGUGUUGUGUACCCCCAUCCCAUCCCUUUUUCCUUGGGCGUCCUCGGAGCACCCUCUGAGAUGGGAGGCUCCUCUGAGAGGUUCCUGGGGCAGGGGACAGAGUUGAGGUGCAGCUCUAGAGGGCCCCCAGUUUUGGAGGUUGUGGGGUUACCCCAUAAGUGGCCCUAUGCCCAUCAAUCCCACCUGAGCUUCCAUCCCAGGAGAUUUUAGGGAAACCAGGGGGGUUCCUUUCCAGUGUGGCCUCGGCCACCCCAAACCAGGAUAGAGCUACACGGGGAGGUGGGGACCCUCAUUAAUGCACUCCUCGAGCCUGGACCAGCCCGCUGUCCCCCGGCUGUGGGGGGAAUCUGGGGGGUGCUGCCACGGGGCCGCCGGGAUCCCGUCAGCCCCGGCACAAAGAGGAAUGCGAUGAGCACAUGGUUCCCAUUAACCCCGGAGAUUUUUUUUUUUUCUCUUUUAGGCUGGGUUUUCCGCAGCUCUGCUGGGGAGGAGGAAAAGCGGCGGCUCCGGCGGGUGAGAAGCUGGACGAAGGCCGGUAGCGCCGAGGCUGAAGUCACCGGCAAGAACAUCACAAAGCUUUUCCCCCACCUCAGAGAGUCUGUCUGCCCCUAAAAGGAUGUGCGGGCCCCCACGAGUAGGAUUUUGGGGGAGCAGAGCUGCAUGAGACCAGCAACAUUCAUCACACAGAAUCAGCCCCCAAACCAGCUCUUCCACGGCUUCAGCAAUGUUGCCAGGGAAAGCGGAGAAAAGAAUCGCCUCGUCUGUCUUCAUCACCCUCGUGCCACCACGGAGGGACGUGGCUACCAAGGAGAAAACCCAACGGGAGCCACAGCCAGAUGGGGCCGAGGGCCCCAGCACCCAGCACCCCCAGAUCCUGCUGUCACCCACUACAUUGCCCAACAGAGAAACCCACCCAGUGGCCCCUUCCUCCCCACCAGUCCUCCCCCUCUCUGAAGUGCCCCAGCCCCUGUCCGCACUGAGUCUGGCACUGCAGCAAUUGGACCUUGCAGCACCCGCCACCCUCCAGGCCCCUUCCACCUUCCCUGCUGAAUUGAAGCAGCCCACAUUUUGCCAGGAGCAAGCAGGCAAGCAGCAGUGGCAGUGGCAGGAUGUGAAUGGGUACCCAGAGAGGGACAGCUCCAGAGACAUCUGUGCCUUCUGCCACAAAGCCCUGGGGCCCCAGGAGCCAACAGUGGAGGCAAUGCAGAAGCAGUACCACCCUGACUGCUUCACCUGCCGCACGUGCCACCGACUCUUGGCUGGGCAGCGCUAUUUCCAGAGAGAUGGGUGCCCCACAUGUGACACCUGCUUCCAGGCUACAUUGGAGAAAUGUGCCAAGUGCCAGGGGCUGAUCACAGAGCACAUUGUCCGUGCCCUGGGCAAGGGCUACCACCCCCACUGCUUCUCCUGCACUGCCUGCAGCCGGGCCAUCGGCACUGAGAGCUUUGCCGUGGACGGGCAGGGUGAUGUGUACUGCGUGCCCGACUUCUACAGGAAAUAUGCUGCAGUGUGCAGUGCCUGUGAGCGUCCCAUUGUCCCCCAUGAGGAUGAGGACACCUACAAGAUUGAGUGCCUGGGACGCAGCUUCCACGAGAGCUGCUACCGCUGUGAGAGCUGCAGGAUGCCCCUGUCACUGGAGCUGACAGAGGACGGGUGCUACCCCCUGGAUGACCACCUCCUCUGCAAGUCCUGCCACGUCCGCUGGCGCAAUGAGUCAUCCUGUUGAGACCCUGCAGCUCAUCAACCUCUUCCAGUGCCAGGCACCAAAAAGAGGGUGCCCCCAGUGGGAUGCACCCCAUGGCUGACCCUGGGUGCCUGCUGUACCUCCAAAUUACUGCAGAACUGGAUUUUCACCACCAAAAUGUCCCCAGGACCCUGACCCAGUGGGCUGGUGGGGUAGAGAACUGUGGAUAUGUCCCGGCACAACUCUGCGCUCAUAAUGAAUAUAAAAUGCCCUGACAGAGCAGCAAUGAGGAGUGGAGGUUUUAUUCCUUAUUUCUUUUUUUAAACUGUUUUUUCAAGGCCAUUUUGGUUUUCUUGGGUGGUGUUUCUUUCUUCUUGAGCUUCCUUGGGGUUUCACUGAAAUGUUUCUCUCUGUGGAGAGCAGGCACUGAUUUAGUUACUUGCAGUUAAAUAAAACCCCAAAUUUAAAAACUCGCAUUCCUUUCAUCCACCCUGCAUUCCAAACCUAUCAAAUCCAAGUUUAAAAAUAAGGGAAAAAAGCCAGUUUUGGAUUUUCUAGGCGUGGCAAGAGUUGGGUCGCUCAGGUCUGUAACAGUUGAAUUUAGGGUGUAGUGAUGUGGCAGAUGCUGCUGUCACCUGGGAGAGAGCCGAGUGUUGUUUUUUGAGGUGGAUAUGGGAUCUGGCGAUGUUUUGUGGCGUUGAUAAAAGGGGUUUUGGGGUGGUUUGGGGUUUUUUGUUUUUUGGUUUGGUUUUUUUUUGCUGACUAUCUAUCCCGGAGCCGGCAGAGGGCAGCCGGAGCUCAAAUUCCUCCAUCAGGCAGCAGAGCUCCAGCUAAAAGCACCCCGCAGGACUGGGACGCUGAGAAAGAUGGACAGCCCGCUCUCUGCAUGUUAUCCAAGAUUGUAUCGCUCUGCCAGUGGAAGCUUUUUGAUCUCCUCUCAGUCCAGGCCUCAAAGAGCAGAAAUUAGACCACUUCUCUGUAUGCCCAACAUCUGCGCAACCGAUGUUGCUGGUGCUUAGUGGUUUUGUUUGCGAGGGCAUUGCAAACCAGGCGGAGAAACAUUUUAACUUUCUUUUUAACCAGAAGUGUUUAAAAAGCCACAAAUCAAGAGCAGAAAAUAGCAAGAGCAUGUGAAAUGAUGUUUAAUGCUUUCCUGAUGGAAAGUGGGAGCUGUAAACAAAGAAAACAACACCAGACCAGCAGCUCCUGCAUCACAUACAUCUCCAGCAUGUGCUGUGUUUAUGAAUGAAGGGGUUAAUGAUGGUUAAUUAAUCACAUCAAUACCUAUUUCCUCUUCCCCGUCUACAAAGCUGAUUACUCAGUGUUUGUUACCGAGCAUCUCCGGGCCAUCAAUCAGGUCAUAACUUGCUUUAAACAUAUUUAUAAAUAAGUUGUGGUCUAUCCUGGUCACGUAAGUUGGUGGCUGUGGGUCUGGUUGUGUGGGAACUCCUU